CUCACUCUUAGGUCACUCUUUCAUCCCUGGAAUAAAAACGGCAGCCAACUUCCGAGGCGCCCUCACUGCCCAGCCAGACCCCAGCCUCUGACAGGUCCGGGCUGCCCUCCUUGCCCUGUCCUUUCCGGUCCCCAGCCCAGCGCGCCAGGACCCUCCGGCUUCGCUCGCUCGCUCUCUCCCGGUUCGCUCCGACUCGACACCAUGGACAAGUUUGGGUGGCGCGCAGUCUGGGGACUCUGCCUCGUGCAGCUGAGCCUGGCGCAGAUCGAUUUGAACAUAACCUGCCGGUAUGAAGGUGUAUUCCACGUGGAGAAAAACGGUCGCUACAGCAUCUCGAGGACAGAGGCAGCUGACCUUUGCAAGGCCUUCGAUUGCACCCUGCCCACCAUGGCCCAGAUGGAGGCGGCACUGAAAGUCGGGUUUGAGACCUGCAGGUACGGGUUCAUAGAAGGGCACGUGGUGAUCCCCCGGAUCCACCCCAACUCCAUCUGUGCUGCAAACAACACAGGAGUGUACAUCCUCACCUCCAACACCUCCCAGUACGACACGUACUGCUUCAAUGCUUCAGCACCACCUGGAGAAGAUUGUACAUCGGUCACAGACCUGCCUAACUCCUUUGAUGGACCAAUUUCCAUAACCAUUGUGAACCGUGAUGGGACCCGCUACACCAAGCAAGGCGAAUACAGAACUAACCCUGACGACAUCAACGCCAGCAACACCACCGAUGAAGAUGUCAGCAGUGGAUUUUCCAGCGAAAGAAGCACUUCAGGAAGUUACAGCAUCUUCCCCUCUCACCUUCCAACUAUGCACCCGACCCUAAACCAAGACAGUUCGCGCGUGUCCUACCACCCGGAGCACCCUGCCACCAGUACGGAUUCAAAUAUCAUCUCAGCAGGCUGGGAGCCAACUGAAGAAAAAGAAGAUGAAAGAGACAAACACCCCAGUCAUUCUGGAUCAGGCAUUGAUGAUGAAGAAGAUUUUAUCUCCAGCACCAUUUCAACCACACCGACACAGAACCGGGAUUGGAACCAACGGAGCCCAGGAUUUUUUAAUCCAGAAGUAUUGCUUCAGACAACCACAAGGAUGACUGAUGUGGGCAGAAGCGACACCAGUGAUUAUGGCGAAAACUGGACCCAGGAACCGCAGCCUCCUGUCAGUCACCAUGAGUACCACGAUGAAGUGGAGACCCAGCAUUCCACAAGCACAAUCUCAGCCCAUGACAGCCAUCCAAAUCAAAGAACAACAACGCAGAGUCAAGAGGACAGUUCCUGGACUUAUUUCUUGGACCCCAUCUCGCAUCCAAUGGGACGAGGUCAUCAAAGAGAAAAAAUGAUGGAUAAGGACUCCAGCCAUAGUACAACACUUCAGCCUUCUGCAGAGCCCAACACCGGUUUGGUGGAAGACUUGGACAGGACAGGACCUCUUUCAGUGACAACCCAACAGAGUCAUACUCAGAGCUUCUCCACAGCACAUGGAGGCUUGGAAGAAGAUAAGGACCAACCAAUGACUUCUACUCCAACAUCUAGCAAUAGAAAUGAUGGCAGAGGUGGAAAUUUUCCUGAUGACUCAGCUGCUACUUCAGUGGAAGGUUAUACUUCUCAUUCCCCAGACACAAAGGAGUACACAACCCUUAUCCCAGUGACCCUUGCUAACACUGGGUCUCCUGGAGUUACUGAAGUUACUGUUGUUGGAGAUUCCAACUUUAAUGUUGAUCAUCCCUUCUCAGAAGAUCAAGAUUCGGCUCUGCACCCCAGCGAGCGGCACCCUACUCCUCACGGAUCUGGAUCAAUUGGACACUCAAGUGGGAGUCAAGAAGGGGAGGCCAACACGACCUCUGGUCCUAAAAGGAGACCUCAAAUUCCAGAAUGGCUGAUCAUCUUGGCGUCCCUCCUGGCCCUGGUUUUGAUUCUCGCAGUUUGCAUUGCAGUCAACAGCAGAAGAAGGUGCGGGCAGAAGAAAAAGCUGGUGAUCAACAGUGGGAAUGGAGCCGUGGAGGACAGAAAGCCAAGUGGACUCAACGGGGAGGCCAGCAAGUCUCAGGAGAUGGUGCAUUUGGUAAACAAGGAGUCAUCAGAGACCCCAGACCAGUGUAUGACAGCCGAUGAGACACGGAACCUGCAGAACGUGGACAUGAAGAUUGGGGUGUAACACCUACCCCGUGACCUUCGAUAGAAAUCACACAUAACCAUUACAGGGAGCUGGGACACUCACAGAUGCAAUGUGCUACUGAUUAUUUCAUUGGGGUUCUUUUUUUUAGCAUAAAAUUUUCUACUCCUUUUUGUUUAUUGUGCUUUGUUUUUUGAGGUCAGUCCAAUUUAUAAAAACAACAUUGCUUUCUGAAAUGAGGGCCCAAUUAACAACCAGCAAGAAUUCGACAGUUUCAGUUCCCGCCUAGAAGCCUUACUCCCUGAAGUGUGCUGUGGAUGGCUUCUAACAAAAGCCACAGAUACAUCUUUCUGAUCCCCAACCUUCCCUCCACCCCACCUCCCAGAUGACAUGUUAAAGAUAUUUCCAGAGCUAAGAGAAAUUAGUUCCUGAAAGAAAAUCUGAGUGGGUCCAUAUUGCCCAUCCAGAAGCCCAAUCCCUGGGCAUUGCUUUCCAGUGGGGUAGGGGAUUGGGGUGUACUGGUUACACAUCCCUUUCUACUGACCCCUUGGAAAUUUUUCAGAUGCUUUUUUGAGAAUGCCCAAAGGGUCAAGCUAUUUAUCUGUAGUAAGCUAUUUAUCUGUUUUUGAAAUAUUAAACCCUGGAGGUCCUGUGAUUGGUAUGAUUUUUUGUUGUUGUUUUGUUACUUUGUCAGUGACAUAAAAGGGUUUAAGUUGAUUCAUAAUAAAACUGUACUUCUUCCACUUUUCCCCUUUGUGCUGUGAUCCUUCAGUCUCUUGACCAGCCAGGUCUAGCCCCCCACCGCUCAUCCGGAAGCUAUGGGAAGGUCUCCCUGAAAGACUUCAUCUCAGAGCUAAGUCCCUGCUCAGCCUCCCUCAAUCAAAUCUCACAGAAGAUGGACAGACACAGCAUUAUUGUGCUUCUGAGGCAGGUUCCUAAGGCUUUCUGUCUUGUUCUAGAACCAGAAUUGCGAGAGGAGGAGAUUCAGUGGCUGGCUUGGCUUUCCCGUUUUCAUGGCUACCUGUUUUCUCCCUGAAGGGCGAUGAAAAGUCACAUUACAUUUGCAUGACUUACCCCAUUUCACUGACCCAUUAGUGGUGUCCAAAAACAAUAUGGAAGCACCUUUCGAUCUCUUGUAAUCAAAGAGAAGCAUUGGAGAUGAAAUAGGGCAUAGAUCCAUAGAUCGUAGCCAAUUGAUUUGCACAGAUUGGGGAAGGGGGGAGGGAGCAGGAUAGAUCCUGUUUGAGUAUUUUCAUGGCUGAGUUUGUUUAUAUAUCAAUACUCCAAUUGUCUGUCCUUGAUGAAGGUGCUACUCAGAAAAUUAAGUGCCUGGGGAAUCUCAAAAGCUUACAGGGUUUCUCACCACUGGCGUCUUAUCACCAGAUACCAGGUUUAUGGCCACAUAAGAGAUUAAUGGCUUUAUCCCUUGCUUGGCAAGUCCUCUGUGGUCUUCAUUUAUAAGUUCAGAAGGCCCCCAUUCGUCCUAGAACUUCCAAAGGCUAUUUGUAAUAGAAGAGAUUGGAUCUAUAAAGCAAGAACUCCUAUAAAAUGGGACCCUCUUCCUUAGGUCCCCCUAUAAAAAGUUAUCUGUUGCCUACACUAAUAUGCUUAACUGGCAAUGUUUCUCAGACCAAAUUAAUAACAAUAAUAAUCAGAAGGAGGAGGAGAUGGAAGAAAAGGAAGAGAGGAGGUAAAGAAGGAGGAGGAGGAAGAGAAUAAGGAGAAG